GUCGCUGCGAACUAGUAGCUCCAGCCAUCAGUUGCGACGCUGCUCCCGCAUUUACUCGCCCAGGUUUACGCGAAGCCGCGAUAGACCACAAAACACCACAACCAUGGCGGACCCAAAGAUUCAGGAGCUUCUCACGAAGCCGCGCAACGAACUCACAGAAUACGAGAUUGCCCAGCUAGAGGAGCACGAGUUCAGCGCCGGCCCACUCUCGAUCCUCCAGACCGCCGUGAGGAGCCACACCCAAGUACUCAUUUCGAUCCGGAACAAUCGCAAGCUGCUUGCGCGCGUCAAGGCUUUUGACCGUCACUGCAAUAUGGUGCUUGAGAACGUGAAGGAGAUGUGGACGGAGACGCCGAGGCUGGCGAGCGGGAAGAAGGGAAGGCCCGUAAACAAGGACCGCUUCAUUAGCAAAAUGUUUUUAAGAGGAGACUCGGUCAUCUUGGUUCUUCUCAGCUAAUGCACACAUAUCUUUCUGCAUUCUUUUUGCUCUCAUCUUGAUGCGAUUAUGAAUGACCAUGGCAAAAAGCCGGUCUUCUCACGUUUAGCACAGGCAGCAUACUCCAGUAUCAGAAAACGGCGAUGAAAAGUGGCUAAGUAACAGCCUUGAUACCUCAAUGCUUAUUACGCGGGAGGUUUUACGCAAGGCUUGCACCAUAAGCUUCUCAGUGACUGCAACUAACUGGCCAUAUAAAUAAUAUCAAAAAGACCUCCUGAAUCCCGAGUCCAACAUGACUCUUAAGAUUGACCCGCUAAUCCAUUAAAGAAGGCAGCAAGUCCCCAAGCUCCAGCGUCGGGUACCUGUUCGAAACCGGUUCCUCCCACGUAUGUCGAUCUGCCAAAGCUGGGCUUCAUUCCCUUGGUGCUUUCUGCUCCCUUUUGGGCUGCGCUAGCGGCGCUGGCUACACUGCCGGUCUCUGCGAGCGUGUUUACGAAUGGGUGGAGAGCGUCGAUUAAAGUUCGGUCGCCCACUUGUGCCUGCGAGUAGUUUCCGAGCGCCUUGCAGCUCUCCUUCAGGACUUUGGCCCACAGCUCAGGGGAGGCGGCCAACUCGCCCGAAGAGGGAGCGUUGUCACGCAGUGAUCGGAGCAUCGCGUUUAGGAAUAUGGAGUACAGGGCGCCCGAUGUGCCGUCCAUGUGAUUCUCAACGACUGGAACGAUGCUGGCCACAUCCACUACGGCAUCGCCACUUAGUGGGUUGCUCGCAAGGUGUUUGAGUGCGGCUUUGAUCGCCCCUCUUCAAGCCAAUACCACAGUCUCCAUCGCCAACGACCGUGUCAUACUUGGUGACUUCGGGUUCAGCGGCAAUUACCCUCUCCAAUGCUGCUGUGAUAGCUUUUUGAGCAGCGGCUGCAUCCAACUUCAGCCCAGUAGGUUUGAGGUCCCUCUCCUCCUUUACGUUGCCCUCUUUGGUUGCCGUAGGCGGCGAGUCCCAUGUCUCGGUAGCAAUAGGGGCAGACCACCCAAUUGCCUCACAGGGGUCAUCCAACAACUGCACCAUUGUUGCAGAACUGCCACUAUCGACUAUCUUCAGCAGUGAGAUGCUAAAGCCCAGCCCAUUGAGGCUGGUCAUGAAGGUCCCGGCGAGAAUUCGUACCGGCCUGAUGGCCCACGUGCUCAAUAGCUGCUUCGCUACCUCUGCUGUAAUACCACCCAUCUCUAAUACGCUCACACCGCCGAGGUUGUUGACUAGCAAAACGAACUUGUCGCCGCUGCCCACCUGCAUAUAAGCGCGGUCGGCGUCCUUCUGGUCGAGCAGCUGCGCCAGCAUCCGCUCCACAAGUGCGGGCAGCUCAAGGCCCUUCUCACGACCCGAUCCAGGUUCAUUGUGAAUGCCCAUGCCGAUCUCGACCUCGCCCUCGGCCAAUGUGUCCUCCUGGUCCGCUGCCUUGCGACCCGGGACGUGGACGUUUUCGAGACUGGCGCCGACACUAGCGAGGUUGGACGCGGCAAGACGGGCGACGCGGGUCACCUCGGACAGUUUGGCGCCCCGUGCGGCCAGGGCACCGGCGAUCUUAUCCACCAGGACGGUGCCGGCGAUACCGCGCCGGCCGACCUUGCCACCCUUUGCGCGACCGACGCCGACGUCAUCGCCAACGACGACCAUCUCGACGUUGAUGCCUGCGACACGCGCCUUCUCG